AUGGCUGAUGAUUUAUUAAUAAAAGAAAAAGAAUUUCGCCGGAUAAAUAAAGAACUUGAAUCAAAAACUCAUAAACUUUUGGAAGAAAUAGAUACAGUGAUAAAUAAUAAUCAUAAAAAUAAUUUUGAAACGGAAAUUGUUAAAUUUCGCACGCAAUCGGCUUUUAAUUUUUUUAAUACUGAAUACAAACUGAACCGUUCGUUGGAAGACAACGAAAAAUUGAAGAAUAGUCUUAAGUCUAGUAAAAACGAGGAAAGAAAUAAUGUAAAUAAAAUACGCAAGCUUGAAGAUCAUAUUAAAGUAAUUACAAAAAAUAAUGAAAGGUUGAGACAAGAAUUGGUGCAAGCUUUCAAGAAACAAAGUUUGCUAGUGGAUAAUUUAAAGAAACAAAAGGCUUAUUUAGAGACAUCAAGACAAGUUGAACUUACGCGUGAUGAUUUCUUAAAGAUAAUUAAAGCUUACAUUGUCGGCUAA